UUGGGCAAAAAAUCAAACAGAUAAAACUAAACCCUGAGAAGCAGAAGUCUCUGUCUUUCCAGACUUCUGGUCUAUGUUGUUUUGUGCCGUCUAAACAAAGAGAGGAUGCAGCUGCUCACAGGACUGAUAGUCAUCACAGCUUAUGCUCAGUCUCUCUCUGCGUCAGACAUUUGCAGUGAGGAGCUGGCUCGUCUACAGGAACAGGAGAAGCUUCUGAAGAGCCAGCUUCAGAAACAAGAGCUCUUCCUACACAGAUUACAAUUGCUGAACCAACCUGGCAACAAGAACAAAGCAAAACCUGACCAGACCCAGGACAGCCAGUAUGCAGAUUGCUCCCAGCUCUUCACUUCUGGCUUCAAAUCCAGUGGAUUCUACAAAAUCAAAACCAUGAGUGUCUACUGUGAUAUGAGUGAAGGAGGUGGUUGGACUGUCAUACAGAGGCGGAUCAAUGGAACAGAGGCAUUUAACAGGUCAUGGGCAGAGUAUAAGGAUGGGUUUGGAGACAUGAAUGCAGAACUGGGAGAGUUUUGGCUUGGAAAUGACAACCUGCAUCACAUCACAGCACAAGGGAAUUAUUCUCUGAGGAUUAACCUGGAAGACUUUGACGGUAACCAGCGCUACGCUGAGUACAAGAACUUCAAAGUGGCUGAUGAAAAGGAUCGCUACCGACUUACCUUUGGAGACUAUGUAGGAACAGCUGGAGAUGCUCUGUCUGGAGGUCAUCAGGUUGGUGUGUCAGACUGGGCCAGCCUCCACGGCAUGAAAUUCAGCACCUAUGACCAGGAUAAUGAUAACUACGAACAAAACUGCGCCCAGGAAGACAAGGGAGGCUGGUGGUUCAACAAGUGUCAUGCAGCCCAUCUUAAUGGUGUGUACUAUCCCAGCGGUCACUACAGUGCAUCCACAGAUGAUGGUAUAGUUUGGUACACUUGGAGAGGAUGGUGGUAUUCCCUGAAGACCAGCAUCAUGAAGUUGCGGCCAACUGACUUCAAAAUUGACCCUAGUGAUGACCCCAAUGCUGUUAACCACAGUCCACCUUCCUAGAUCAGACAAGAGCAGAUAUCAGAUCUUUGUUUUGGGACAGAAACAGUUUUGUUUUAAUUGGUGUAAAUCACAUUUUAUUUAACACAUUAAAACAUACUGUAAAUCUCAACUUAUGAUCCUCUUGAAUCUAAUGUGGAAUUGUGGUCAGAUUGCAUCUGGAUGGAGAAGACUAGCAGUAACUGAGCAGAGUAAAUACAGCCAAGAGUAACCAUUGAUUCAAUCACCCAAACCUCUGAGAUGGUAAAAUCUGAACAGUCUAACAAUAUAUAACAGUAUAUACUUACAUAGCAACAUAUGUGUAAAAGAUAGUCUGCAUCAUCAGACUUGAACUUUUUGCUUGUUUUAGAGACAUGGAUGUGUCAAGGGGAAGUAGUAUGCAGACACAGCUGUCUGUUUUAGUGUAGAAAAGGGAAAUCUGAUGUUGGUGUGUGUUAGAAAGAGGCAGAAACAUUAGACUGCAUAUAGUGAAAAGAGCAAUUAUCAUGUCAUUGAAAAUGGCUGUAACAAGAGCUAGAGGGGCUUUUAAAAAACAGCAGCAUAGAGCAGCAUGUCAUCUUAUUCUUACAACUACAACAGAAUGGAGUGAGCUGAACUCAGAGCUGGUAAUUUGCACAGAUGUUAUUAAGAUGACAUGUCUAUGUGUCACAAACAAUUGAAAUAAAGGAAUGCUAUCACUUUAAUGAAAACAGAGAACAGUACACAAUAGCAAGCUAUUCAUUUAGAUGCUAUAAUAGGCUUGAAAUAAAAAAACAAAAAACAAACAUCAAGGAUUCCUUUUAGGUUGUGUACUUCUGUACUUCAUCUAACCCUUACAGGUUGUUAUUAACAACUCAGCCUGUGACCUUUCAUUAAGCUCUGUCUCUGCUUUUUGCAUUAUAAACAUGAUUCAAGAAAUAAACCAAAGAAACACUUUCA